AUGGGUCCGGACAGAGCUGGGAAAAGUGUUUUCUUGGGAAAUAUCCCCUACAACCUCACUGAGGAACAGGUCAAAGACAUCCUCAGCACCGCCGGAACCGUGACAAAAUUUCGUUUGAUGAUGAACCCUGAAACCGGAAAACCGAAGGGUUAUGGAUUUGCUGAUUUCGCCGAUGCCGAUGCCGCUGCUUCUGCCGUACGCAAUCUAAACGACUAUGAGAUUAUGGGUCGCAAAAUUCGUGUGGACUGGCCUCAUAACAACGAGAAAGACUCUGUACCCGAGGACUACUCACAACCGUCGCAAAUACCAAACCAGGACGGGCCGUUAGGAGGCCCGCCAUUAUCUGCCCCUCUUCCACCGCUCCCGCCAGGCGUUGACCUACCCCCGCAUCUGGAUUGUCCUAACGCCAUAUCACAAACCCUCGCCGCUCUCCCUCCAAACCAGCUCCUUGAUGUACUCCAGCAGAUGAAAUCAUUGGCAAUGACGGAUCCUGCACGUGCCACAGAACUCCUGCGCCAGGCUCCGCAGCUUGCAUACGCUAUUUUCCAGGCAUUACUUCUGUUGAACCUCGUCGACUACAACACCUUGGGAGCUGUGGUGGAACAAGCUGCACAACCUACAGCGCCGCCACCAUCCGCACCCCCUGCCCAAGCGUUCCAGCCCUUUGGUGCCGUCCCGGGCCAAGUAUCGACACCGCCAAUGGUGAAUGCGCCCUUUGCUCAACCCCCACCGCAGCCAGCACCGCAGCAACAAGCUCCGGGCCAGGACGAACUGCUGCAGCAAGUUCUUAGUAUGCCUCAAUCAGCCAUUGAUGCGCUGCCACCUAUGGAGCGUGGCCAGAUUAUGAUGCUUCGGCAGCAGCUAAUGCAAGGUGGGAUGCGGUGA